UGCAUCCCGCGGCGUGAUACUGGCGCUCAGCGGAGGGUGAGACGGCUCCGCGACUCACUGACGCCAGGCCGAGCAGACCGAAGACAGGCAGAGGGAGCACACAGGAGGAGACGCGCAGAAAGAGUGUGUGUGAGAGAGAGGGGACUGCUGUGAAAGAAAAGGAGGUGGCUGUCAAGAGGACCUGAUCUGACAUCUUGGAAGCUGAGGAUUAUCUAAAAACAAACAAACAAAACACUCAAAUAAUAUAUCAUCACUUGUCUUCUGAGAUUGGAGUGUCCCACUUCACUGCUCACACUUCCUUUUGGACAGAAGGGAGAGGGGAGGAGGGCGGCUUGUCCACCAUGAACGUCACUUCGCUCUUCUCCUUCACCAGCCCGGCAGUCAAACGGCUGCUGGGUUGGAAGCAAGGAGACGAGGAAGAGAAAUGGGCUGAGAAGGCUGUGGAUGCUUUGGUUAAGAAACUGAAAAAGAAGAAGGGAGCCAUGGAGGAACUGGAGAGGGCUCUUAGCUGCCCGGGCCAGCCCAGUAACUGUGUGACAAUCCCCCGCUCCCUGGAUGGACGGCUGCAGGUGUCCCACAGGAAGGGUCUGCCGCAUGUCAUUUACUGUCGGGUGUGGCGCUGGCCCGACCUGCAGUCCCACCACGAGCUGAAGGCCCUGGAGUGCUGCGAGUACCCCUUUGGCUCCAAACAGAAAGAUGUGUGUAUCAACCCCUACCACUACAAACGAGUGGACAGUCCAGUGCUGCCGCCUGUGUUGGUACCAAGGAACAGCGAGUUCAAUGCCAAGCAUACGAUGCUGCCUCGCUUCCGCAAUCCUCUACAACAGAACGAGCCGCACAUGCCCCAGAAUGCCACCUUCCCAGAGUCCUUCGCUCAGGCCAACACAAUGCCUUUCCCACAUUCGCCGGGAAACAGCUACCCGAACUCGCCGGGAAGUGGCAGCAGCGCCACCUUCCCUCAUUCACCAUCCAGUUCCGACCCCGGCAGCCCAUUCCAGAUGCCAGAGACUCCCCCUCCUGCCUAUAUGCCCCCAGAGGAGCAAAUGACUCAGGAUUGCCCCCAGCCAAUGGACACCAACCUCAUGGCUCCACCCUUACCUCUAGAGAGUAACAACCGGGCAGAUGUUCAGCCCGUGGCCUAUGAGGAACCCAAGCACUGGUGCUCUAUUGUUUACUACGAGCUCAACAAUCGUGUCGGAGAGGCGUUCCAGGCUUCCUCUACCAGUGUGCUUGUCGAUGGCUUCACGGAUCCCUCCAACAACCGCAACCGAUUCUGUCUCGGCUUGCUCUCCAACGUCAACCGCAACUCCACCAUUGAGAACACCCGGCGGCACAUUGGCAAAGGUGUCCAUCUGUACUAUGUUGGUGGGGAGGUGUAUGCAGAAUGCCUGAGUGAUAGCAGUAUCUUCGUCCAGAGUCGUAACUGUAACUACCACCACGGCUUCCAUCCCACAACUGUGUGUAAGAUUCCCAGCGGCUGCAGCCUGAAGAUUUUCAACAACCAGGAGUUUGCUGAGCUGCUGGCCCAGUCUGUCAAUCAUGGCUUUGAGGCCGUUUAUGAGCUCACAAAGAUGUGUACCAUUCGCAUGAGCUUUCGUUAAGGUAAGAAAGAAAAAAUGAGCAAUAGAACUUUUUUUACACUGUCUUGUGUUAAUAUUUAACUUAUUAUAUGGCUGGCUGUUGGGUGAGAUUUUAGAACUGAAUCGAUUUUUUGAGAUAAAUAAAUGUAUUAAUUUGUCUGUUGUAAAACAUCAUGGUUUAUUUGAAUUAUCAAACAAAAUUAACACCAAAAUCUGACUCAAAAAUAACAUCUGCAGUGCAAACAGUAAACUAUUAACAUCUUACUGUCUCUGUGUAUAAUGCAGUCAGCAGCUCAUUUGUGUUUCCUCUUUGUUUUCCUCUUAACUUUCUAUUACUGGCUGCAUUUUGUGAACUUAACUCACAAAAUAUCUAACACUGUAACACUUUACAGUGUUCUUAUAUUUGUAGACAUAAACCUCUCUGGGCUAGACCAGCUAAAAACUUUUUGGUGUCUAUUUAAACAUUUGUUUUCAAGCGGAAGAGCAGUGUGUUACACCUGUGCUUCUUUUUGUUGAACCCAACUGAAUUAUACAGCUGUGUAUAGGAGUCUUAAUUUAUUUAUUAUCUUCUCACUGACCGGGAGAAAUAAGAAAAUAAGUUUAAAAUUAUCUGGUCCUUUCUGAGAAAUCUUUGCAUUUUCCAUUGAAUAUCACAACAUUCAUGCUCGGCAGUCCAAAUAAUAUGAAAUGAAUACAUUUUAAAAACAAGGAGAAAAAAUAAAAACAGUUGUGUCCCCAUCCUGAUCCUAAACCAUGUGUUCCCAUAUGUUCCAGGGCUGGGGAGCAGAGUACCACCGCCAGGAUGUGACCAGCACACCCUGCUGGAUUGAGAUCCACCUGCACGGUCCCCUGCAGUGGUUGGAUAAGGUGCUAACCCAGAUGGGUUCCCCCCACAACCCUAUAUCCUCCGUCUCCUAGGCUUCAAUGUCCUCAGCCCUGUGGCUGUCCACACCCCAGCAUUUUGGUCGAAGUAGCAAGAAUAGGGGCUAGCUGGUCCCAGAUUGGCUUGUGGUUCAGUCAAUAACUGAUAUAGGUUUAGACUAAAACACAGGCUGAUCUGGGACCUGUAGGGUUGGGUGGGUUGUUAAAUGGGUUGGUUUGUUCUGUACUUGAAGGACGUCUGAAUUGGGCACAUUUACAGACUGGGAGAGGAGUAAGCAAAGUGAGCGUGAUGCAACUGGAAGAUACUUGAUCUUUGUGACCAACUGUAAUAAUUAGACCAUCACACUCAUCAUGACGCAAGUAUCCUCCCUGAUCUUGCUCCCACAACGUCUCUUUUUCAUUGUUCUAUUAUUCUGACUCAUAACUAGUUUGCAUCUAAAUAUUCCCUCAGAAAUCCAGAUAUACAUGUGUAGUCAAAAUAAUUAUGGGACAUUCCAGGCCACCGAAAUUGCAGUUGGCGGCUGUUUUCUGUCUGACUGCAAUGAGGCUGGCAUGAAAUGUACUUUCGACAUGUACAAAGUUAGCAGGGACUUGGAGGAUGACCAGUAUGACUGAAAAAUUUUAAUCAUCUCCAGACACUUAAACAAGUAUGUUGUUUCCUCAAAGUGUUCUUUUUUUAGGUUAAUAAGUUAAAGAAGUGAAAAAAAUAUUAUAAAAAUGAAAUCCCAUAUCACAAAAAUAAUAGGAGGGCAAAAUUAAGGGGAGUUUGAGAGUAUAGGGUGGGGUUCAGUGUGGGGCAUGGCACUAAAAGGGCAUUUCAGAAAUAAAAGACUAAUGUUUAAAUGUUGCUCAUCUUGUGUUACACUCGUGUUUCAAAUGAAUUUUAUGAAGAAAAAAAAGAAUAGUGUUUAGAUAUAUUCACUAUUAGAAUAUGUGCUGUGCAGUCUGGUUUUGCAAAGCCUAGUUUGGUUAGUGUAGCGUUACACAUUUAAGACUGGUAGUUGAACAUCACACAAAGCAGAGGCAAGUACAAGUGCAGUUUAGUUUGUCCCCUUGCUGUAUACUCUGCAUCAAAAUCAAAUGUGUUAAAUACAGAGUCACAUUGAGGACAUAACACUGUGCUUCAUUCUCUUAUUACAUUGACUGAGCAAAACUUGUUAAAUGACUGUUAUGGGAAAAUGUUGAGCAUUCAAAUUUUAAUUGUUGACUGAGAAAAGGGUAUCAGUUACUGAUGUCCUAAUAUGAUUUUUUUUUUAUAUAAAAUGCAGAUUUUGCCAUUCAAUUCUUUUAUGCUUUGAGCAAUCCUCUUUGCUAUUAAAAUGUUAUACUCUUUACAUUCUUUUUGUAUUUUUGAACAUGUUUUCUGUUUUUUUGUUUGCACUUUUGUUUUUGUUUUUUCUCCGUCUUUAUUUCUUUUCUUUUCUUUUUUUUUGCUCAGUAAAGCUCCCAGAAAAGCAGUUUUAUUCCAUGAAUAUCAAGUCUCUACUGGAAGAUUCAAUAAAUUUGUUUCAUUA